AUGUCAAUUGGCCUGUCUUUGCGAGUUUUUUCCCGCCAGAGCGGAGGAGCAGGAGCCUCGCGGCAGGCGGCCGAAGGGCUCGCGGCGAGGCGCGGCGCGGCGCUCCUCCGGGCUUUCGUGGAAGGGCGGCCGCCAAGAAGAAGGGCCGCCCCGUGGCGGCGCGAGGACGGCGGCGGGGCCGACUCGGCCCGAACGCAACGCGAGGACGACCCCGCGGCCCGAGUCCCGCCGGCCGCUUCGAGGGCGGUCAGAGGCGCCGCCGGAGGGGCUCUGCGCGCGUGCGCGGAGCAGACGCCCAACCCACGCGGCGCGCGCAGACCUCCUCCGCCUCCGCCAGCCAAUGAGCGCGGCGGGGGCGGGGCGUCCGGAGCAGCGAUGGCGGCGCGCGGCCUGGAGCGGCUCUUCGCGCUCUUCUUCCUCAGCCACGUCCCCGUCACGCUGCUGCUCGACGCCCAGGCCCUCGGCGCCCGCCUACACCCCCACGCCCUGACAGAAUUGGUCGAAUGGUACACGACUUCGUUUAAGGACCCUUUGAUGGCGCAGAGGCCUGCCUGGUUUAAGUCGUUCAUAUACUGUGAAGUCUUCUUGCAGCUGCCUUUCUUUCUUGUGGCAGUUUAUGCAUUCUGGAAAGGUAACUGCAAGUGGAUUCGAAUCCCUGCCAUCAUCUAUGCGGCACAUGUGGCCACGACGAUGGUGCCCAUCCUGGCACAUUUUUUGUUCCACGAUUUUUCAGACUCCAAGCCCGCAGGGCCACAGACGUGGCACGAACGCCUCUGGCUGGUCUCCAUUUACAUCCCGUAUUUGCUGAUCCCGAUCCUGCUUCUCUUAACCAUGUUGUUCAAUCCCUCGUACAACUCAGUAGAAAAACGGAAGACAACUUAACAUUU